CCACACAACAUGAAGUACCGCUCCCCCUCCCCCGACGGCGGCCUCCCCACCCCUCCCCACUCCCCCACCUCGCCCCACACACAGCACCCCGCUGUCGGCCUCCUCGACUCCCUCGAGCAGUUCUACCAGCAAGAACGGUACUGGGCCCACCACACCCGCGCAGCUCUUGAGCUCGCCCUCACCAAGGGCAUCGACGGUCCCGCUGCGGCGGAUGCACCCUCGCCCUCGUCCUCCACCCAGUCUGCCCUCUCCCCCGCAUCAUCUACCAUGUCCGACGCCACCGCCGUCGACUCCCCCGUCGUAAAGAUGGAGACCGACGCCACCAUCCCUCCACCCUCCCGCUCUGCCGCGAUGAACCGGUGGAUGCGGCGGAAGAACAUGAUGCGUCUCAAGCUCGAGGGCGUCGCCCUCCACCAGCGCAAGCGUCGCCCGACGCGCGCACCCCCAACCGAGCCCGCCACCCGGAUCCUCGAGAUGUUCUCGGAGCUCAUGGAUGCGCGGAUGGAGAGCUGUCAGCGCGUGCAGCGCCUCGUUCAGAGCCACAGUGCGAGCAGGGAGGACCUGUACAUGCGCUAGCCUGCCAGGCGGUCGCAUCUGGAGCCGGACUUAUACCCCGUCGGUGCCUCGGUCGAGCGCGACUCGCCUCGACUGCGUGCAGCGCGCGCGUCCGCUCCUUCCACCAGUCGGAGACCGCGACGGAGCGCCCGGAGAGCACUCCGGGCCACCUCGCCAGCCGAUGGUUGCGACGUUGCUGAUUUAUGGAUGACAUCUAUGGUGUCGAUCCCGGUCGCCUCAAGCGAGGUCUCCGGAGUAGAUGGGCGUAGUGGCGGUCGUGUUCUAUCCGUUGCUUGUAUCGCAGUACCAUGCAGUGCAUAUAUGAUUAGUGACUUCGGUGAUAAAU